AUAUCAAUCCAGUGCAACAGCUCCAGGGCGACAGUUGCUUCUCCUCCUCAUCCAUCCAUCCAUACCUAGCAAGUCCAGCAUGAAGCAGUUUGUGGUUUUGGCCGUUCUGGCUGUGAUUGGCGGUUCCCUUGCCGCUCCUCGUCCGGAUGUCAGCCAUCUGGCGGGAUACAGCUACCAGGCUGGUGGCUACAACGGCAACCUGGUGGCCAACCAGGUGCUCAGUGCUCCCCUGACCACGGUGACCACCUCGUACCAGCCCACGGCAGCUGGUACCAACUACUACAGUUCGUCACCAUCCAUUGGCCAGCUUAGCCUGGGCUCCUCCGGCUCCUCUGGUGCGGUCAACUACCAGGUGGGCGGCUCUGGCUCGUCCAGCUACCAAGUGGGCUCCUCCUCUGUCGGCGGUGGCAUCGUGAACGACAACAUUGGCCUGGCCGGUCUGCAGCCCGGACCCACCAUCAACUACAACGAGCAGGAGUCGUACAUCAGCCAUCUGGCCAACUUCCAGCCCGCCCAGAUCAACAAGCACUUCUACAUCCACAGUGCUCCCGAGGAUCACGAUGAGCAGCAGAUCGUGCGCUAUGUGAAUGUGGGCAGGCCCCAGAAGAACUACCGCGUGGUCUUCAUCAACGCGCCCACAUCCACCACCAGCAAGGCCAAGAUCAUUGCCAACGUGGCGCCCGUUGAGGAGAAGACUGCCAUCUAUGUCCUGUCCAAGAAGUCCAAUGCCCUGGAUGUUACCGCCGAGGUGGUCACUCAGCGCCCUGUGGCCAACAAGCCGGAGGUGUUCUUCGUCAAGUAUAAGACUCCUCAGGAGGCGACCCAUGCCCAGCAGACCAUUCAGGCCAAUUAUGAUGCUCUGGGUGGAAGCUCCGAGACCAGCAACGAGGGUGUGAUUCCCGUUUCCUCUGUGAUCGGUAGCCUGGGCGAUAAUGGAGCCUCCGGCGUGUUGACCGAUGCCAGCGGCAGCGUGAACAUCGUGGGCACCGGCGGUGUUCCCACCGUGGAUGCUGGAGCCAGCUAUGAUGCCGAGGGCAGCCAGCGCCAGGUGAUCAGCACCGUGACCACCGGCACCAAUGCCCAGGCCACCUAUCUGCCCGUGAGGCCGGUGAGGAAGUAGGUGAAUCACCUGGAUUCCAUCACAUAAUCCGCAUCCACUGCCAAUGAAUGACAGACACACUCCAGCCUCGGAAGAUUCUGAUUGGAUGGGAAAGCCCCUUGGGUUUGGGGCCCAUUGCAGUGGAAUCUUGCCGGGGAAACCUUUGCGAUUUUUCCUAUUUAGUUUUGCCUUCGGCACUAAUUCAUAUUUUUGUGUAUAAUUUUUUUUUUUUAUUAAUAAAAUUUAAGAGUUCUCAUAGGCAUUCAAAAAAUGUAAA